AUGGUAAAUCUCAUCAUCGCAAUUAUUUCGCUGUACUUUUUUACCUGUGGAAAGGUUGUUUGUGGACAAGAGGACAAGGGGAAUCGGUUUUUGUGUACGGCAAUCCCAAUUGAUAAGGAUGCAAGUUGUCCGGUACCAACAGUGUCUAUUCAAGGUCCAACCGUUCAAGAGGAAGAACUGAGAAACACAGUAAUGCAACUUCGUGAGACGAUUCUACAGCAGAGGGAAACCAUUGUAAAUCAACUUGGCACCAUAAAGGAAUUGACGUUAAAACUUUCGCGAUGCGAAUCUGCCUCCGAUGACUCUGAAUCCUGGAGAAAAAACCCGAAGGAUACCAUGGAUGAUGUUCCUAGAGACCCAAAUGACACUAUUGACAGUCUCGGAAAGACUAUGCAGAGUCUAAAGGACCGACUCGAAAAUUUAGAGCAACAGCAGAUGCGAGCCAAUCUUUCUGGGGCCUCUUUUCCUAACGAGCUUCGGGAUUUGAUGCAGCGCCGGCUUGGGGAUCUGGAGAACCAGCUUCUUAAGAAAGUCAACGAACUGGAGGAGGAGAAGACACAACUGUACAACGAGACAGCAGCUCAUCGCCAACGCACAGAAAGCACCCUCAACUCCCUGAUGAAUCGCAUCUCUGAGCUGGAGAGAGGUAACAACGCACUGAAGUCCCCCGAGGAUUUCAAACUGUCCCUGCCCUUACGCACUAACUACCUUUUCGGACGAGUGAAGAAAAGUUUGCCGGAAAUGUACACUUUCACUGUGUGCAUGUGGCUGAAGUCCAGUGCCAGUGGCAGCCCAGGCAUUGGGACACCUUUCUCCUAUGGGGUACCAGGGCAGGCCAAUGAAAUUGUGUUGAUCGAAUGGGGUAACAAUCCCAUAGAACUCCUUAUUAACGACAAGGUGACACAACUGCCUUUGUCACUCAAUGACGGAAGAUGGCAUCACAUCUGCAUCACAUGGACGACCAGAGAUGGCCUCUGGGAAGCCUACCAGGAUGGACAGAAACUAGGCUCAGGAGAGAAUCUGGCUCCCUGGCAUCCCAUUAAACCCAAUGGUGUCCUCAUACUGGGACAGGAACAGGACAUCAUAGGGGGGCGUUUUGAUGCUACCCAGGCCUUCGUUGGAGAAUUGAGUCACUUCAACAUUUGGGACCGGAUUCUUCGACCUGUUGAUAUCAGUGCAAUGGCUAACUGCUCGUCCUACAUGCCAGGGAAUGUGGUGUCCUGGGUGGACAGCAAUGUGGAAGUGUUUGGAGGUGCUUCAAAAUGGCCUCUUGAGUUAUGUGAAGAUCGGCUCUUCAAUUCUUAA